AUGGCACCUGUAACCGCUCAGACCAAUCCCUCCUCGAAACUGCCCUCAUCCGCGUUCGCUGGCGCGCGACCCUACCGCUCACACAAGGUUCGUGCAUGCGAUCUAUGUCGCAAGCGCAAGUCUAGAUGUAUCGUCGAAACCCUCGGUCAAUCAUGUCUCAUGUGUCGCAUGCAAGGUGCCGACUGUCACUAUCAAGAUGAAGCGAAUGCAGAUGUGUCGGUGUUGAGCACUUUAGAGUCCAAUUCUGUGGUGAAUAUGUCUGGGCAGAAGCGCAAGCGCAAUAACAGUCCCGAUAAGCUUUCUAAUUCGGAAUCACAUAUACCUGCUCAUAUCACAUCCCAUCAGUUGACCAGUGGACCUAGUCCUCAGGGCACGAAUUCUUCUUCUGGUCGGCGGGGAAGUGACUCACGACGGAAAGGAUACGACGACGACCGCCAUAACGAAUCAGUUCUCAUAGUUGGGCCAAUGGUUGCAGAGGAUGCGCAGGUUAUUGAGAAACACAUGCCUCCUGAACGUUCUAGCCUUUCCGAAGAACCGCAGAGUCACCCAUAUAAUAUUUACUCGAGUGACCCGCGCAAACCUGUACUCUACACGACGAUUCCGCGACGGAGGAAGGGUAUGCGUGUUGGAGUUCCACCAGGCGAAAAUCAGAAAGAAAUUCUUGAGCAAAUACUGGGUCCAUUCAAGCAUGAUCUCGUGAAAUUAUUUAUUGACAGAUUUAAUAUUGCAUUCCCCAUAUUUGACGGACAAGCUUUCUGGGAGGGCUAUAUAACAGACUCAUCGGAUGAUCCUCCAGCCGCUCUGGUGUGCCAAGUUUAUUCGAUGUCACUUGUGUAUUGGAAGCAUACUCCAAAACUUGCAUGCCAUCCAAAACCAGACGUUCGAUACGCCGUAAACAUGACUGUUGCUGCAUUACAUGAAGAAUUCUCGGAACCUGGUCUUUCAACUAUCAGCGCAGCGCUGAUUGAUCUCACUGGACGGCCCAUCUUCUCUAUGACCGGAAAUGCUAUCAGCUGUGGCCGUAUGAUAUCAUUGGCAAAUUGCCUUGGUUUGAAUCGUGACCCAAGCAAUUGGAAGCUGUCACAGCCAGAAAUGGACCAGCGGAUUCGCCUUUGGUGGGGAGUAGUUAUUCAUGAUCGUUGGGGAAGUUUCGGUCAUGGCGUACCUCCUCAGAUCUCCAAAAGCCAAUAUGAUGUGCCUCUGCCUACAGUUGAUAGCUUGGUUGCUCCCAACAUGCGAAAUACAGAGCGUGUUGAGGCAGCUCAAUGUCAUAUCGCUUUAUGUAAGUUGACUGAAAUCUUGGGUGAGCUUUUGCCUCUUGUAUACGGUCUACAAGCAAAGCUAGCUCGCGAAAUCUCUAAGAAAGUGAGACAGAUCCGAACAGACUUAGAUCUGUGGGAAGAUUCUCUCCCUAGUUGGUUGAGAUCACCAGUACCCAAUUGUGGAGAACAAAUCACAGCAACAAGCAGCUUACAGCUUGCCUUUUUGGCAGUUAAGAUGCUUGUCAGUCGAGUUGAAUUGAAUGAGGUCAAUAACGCAGAUACAGAUAAUCCGGCAGCACGCCGUUACUUCCAGACAGAGUGCCGUCGAUCAGCAGAGGAUAUUGUGCGGUUCAUUACCUCUCUCAGAAAGGAGAACUUCAAAGAAUUUUGGCUGCCAUAUAGCGCAUUUCACCUGACUUCGACCGCAACUCUGCUUGUCCGUUGUGCUCUCGAGUCCAACGAGAAUGAGAUUGCCCAGUCUUGUCUUGCAAAUGUGGAAACUCUCCGCAGUGUCUUGCGGCGAGUGCGCGAGGAAGAAGACUGGGAUGUGGCAGAUAUGUGCCUGGACCAUUGUGAACGAAUCAUGCACCGACUUUCUGGCACAAAUACCAAGACAGACCAGGCCUUGAAUUCUUCAUCCAUGGAGCAUGGGCUGAUUAACCCAGCACUGAUCUCACUACCUGAAACGCAAACCAAUAAUGACAUUGUAGAUGACAUGAUGUCUAUCUCGAAUACCUUCGGGACCAUGGAUGGGUUCCCCUUUGACAUGACUGGAAUUUGGGAUGUCUCUGCUUGGGAAUAG